AUGAUAAAGAGACAGAUACAAAGACAAAGACAGAAACAAAAAACAGACACUUUUUUAAAGUCGGCGGUAAAAAUGGAGAGAAGAAACGAGGGGACAACGACGACGAUGAUGAUGAUGAAGAAGUCGAAGUGGCAGUACCCACAAGUGGGCCCUCCGGCGCCGAGGAUUCUUCAGUUGCCACGUAGGCAUAGUGUUCGACGAAAUUCCGCAAAGGGUAAGUCAACACCAUCUUCUUCUUCGUCUCAGAAGGAUCAGAGAGUGAAACUUGAGGUUCUGUUUCACCAAGAGAGGUCGUUCGAUCGUGGGACAUCUCCGGUUGUGAUAAUAAAUGAUGAGGAGAAUGAAGGAAGAAGAAGAGGGAAAGUUGCUGAUGGUAGAGAGAUUGGUGUGUCGGUUGAUGAAGUUGAGGAAGCCAAGUGGAGGUUUCAGGCGGAGAUGUUGAGAUCAGAGUGUAAUUUGCUAAGAAUAGAAAAAGAUAUUGCUUUGAAGAAGAUGGAGAGGAGGAAGAAGCGAAUGGAGAGGACGCUUAGAUCUGCUGUUCAUACCCUUCUCUCUGGGAAACAGAGAAUCUCAGAAGGGAAGAAAGAGAGCAAGGUUUUGGAAGAUGAGAUUAGCUAUUUGAUUGAGAAACUGAAUGAGUUAAAGUCUCCUCCAAAGGUUAAAGACAUGGAAGCUAGAAACUGCAGACAGAAUUUUGACAGGCAAGCUUCUGUUUUAAGAAGAGAGCUGGAGAAGUUCGACGAAGAGGUUUGUGUUAACGGGAUUCGAAAAAUGGCAGAGGCUAGCUUCUUGGUGAAUCCCAACACUUUAAUAACCGAUCACAAUGUUCUUAGGAGCAAUAACGGCAAUAUAGAUACAUUGAGCAAUAAGAUGGAGGCGCUGUCGAAAGGGGUUUUGUUGGAAAGAAUGGAGAAAGAAUAUGGAUCGGUUCUCUCCAAAGCCAUUGAUCAUCAAGAUGCAUCUGAACAAGACAUGUAUUAUAGUAAGACAAUUAAAGCGCAUGAGGAAAAGAAAGAUUGUUCUAGACAGUGCAAAGCAGUUAUGAGGAAGAUCGCAGAUGAAGUAAGAGCAGAAGCAGAGCAAUGGUCACAAAUGCAAGAAAUGUUGUGUCAAGUGAGAAAUGAAAUGGAAGAGCUUCAGUCUUGUCGUGAUUUUUGGCAAAACCGUGCUCUUGAAUCAGAUUCUCAGAUACAAAAUCUACAUUCCUCGGUUGAAGGAUGGAGACGAAAGGCGUUAUCAUCAGAAGCAAAGUUGAAAAACCUACAAGCAGAGGUUUUCGGAUUACAUGAAAAGAUCGAAAGAUUGAAGAAGGAUCAUAAGUUAGAACCAGAGAAGAGCAACAAAUUGCCAUCAGAGUCAGAGAAGAGGGUAUUGAUUUGUAGGUUGAAAGAGAACCGACAUAGCAACAAUGGAGAUUGGUCUAAGUACAGUGAAGGAAGAACAACAAAACCGUCUUGCUCAAGACCGGCUUUAAGGGAAAUCAAGAACGUUUCAGUUACUUCAAGGCAGAGAAACUCCAGUGUCAUGAAAAUAUCUGAAAGAAGAAUGAGCAGCGAAGAAGAGAAGACGGUGUGUGUAACAGGAGCUUCAGGCUACAUUGCUUCAUGGAUCGUUAAACUUCUUCUUCUCCGUGGCUACACCGUUAAAGCCUCUGUUCGCGAUCCAAAUGAUCCGAGGAAAACAGAGCAUUUGCUUGCAUUGGAAGGUGCAGAGGAAAGGCUUAAAUUGUUCAAAGCAAACUUGUUAGAAGAAGGCUCUUUCGAUUCAGCAAUCGAUGGUUGCGAAGGAGUUUUCCACACCGCAUCACCAUUCUAUCACGACGUCAAGGACCCUCAGGCUGAGUUACUGGAUCCAGCAGUGAAAGGAACAAUCAAUGUUCUAAGCUCUUGCUUGAAGACUUCCUCUAUUAAGAGAGUCGUCUUAACCUCAUCUAUUGCAGCUGUUGCUUUCAAUGGAAUGCCUCGAACACCCGAAACCGUAGUUGAUGAAUCUUGGUUCGCUGAUCCUGAAUAUUGCAGAGCUUCCAAGCUAUGGUAUGUACUCUCGAAGACGUUAGCUGAAAACGCAGCGUGGAAGUUUGCGAAAGAGAAAGAUUUACAGCUUGUCUCGAUAAAUCCAGCAAUGGUGAUUGGUCCUCUCUUACAACCAACACUUAACACUAGUGCUGCUGCAGUGCUAAGCUUGAUCAAAGGAGCACAGACAUUUCCUAAUGCCACAUUCGGGUGGGUCAACGUUAAAGAUGUAGCGAGCGCUCACAUUCAAGCUUUUGAGAAUCCAAGUGCUAAUGGAAGAUACUGUUUAGUGGAGAGAGUUGCUCAUUACUCUGAAGUUGUUAACAUCUUGCAUGAUCUUUACCCUGAUUUUCAACUCCCUGAGAGGUGUGCAGAUGAAAAGGUAUAUAUUCCAACAUAUAAAGUGUCUAAAGAGAAAGCAGAGUCCCUUGGGGUUGAGUUUGUGCCAUUGGAGGUUAGCAUUAAAGAGACUGUAGAGAGUUUGAGAGACAAAGGGUUCAUCAGAUUCUGAGUUUCAUCCCACCCAAAAAAUUCAAACCAGAGCCAGACUUGGAUCUGUUUGUUUCUGAGUCCCAUGUUUCUUUUUAUUUAUUUGUUUGUGUUUAAUUUUCCUUAAUUCAAACAUGGGGUGUGUUGCUAUGAUACUGUCAACAUUUUUUUUCAUCAUUUUGAACUGAUGGGAUUAUGCUAUUUUCACAUUGGAAUUUGUAUUUGCAGGAAGUUUCCUUUUUUGAAGCGGUUACAAUAUAAUAUAGCAAAUCGUCAAAUUUAUUACC